AUGCAUACCGAUACUGACGUUGACAGGACCGAACACCAAAUGGCCACUCGCAAAUGUCGCGGCGAGGAUGCUCUCGACCCAGAACAACCAUCUCUACCUCCUUCAGAGGCAAACGAGCAUCUCGUGGAGAUCCCCGGUGUGCAGCGCUCCCUGAUCAGUCUAACGGGCAGAGCAUUCGAACGCGCCCUACUAUGGCGCUUGGACUGGUAUAACCUCAUGUAUGCUCCCCCCACCCGCCCCCCCACCUCUAGCCACCUGGUGGAACAAUGUACAGCUAUUGAUGUCUAUAGACGAGUCCUCGCUCUGGUAGCCUCGGGUUACCGCACCGAAGCGGUGACAAUCAUAGGCCAGCAGGUCAUGGCGCCGCGGGGCCUGAUCGGACUCGGCCAGGACACGCUGGACAGCAGCACGGCGGAGGUGCGCGAGAUCUUCGAGCUACUCGUGUCGCCGGCGGCGUACCCGGUCCUCGUGCACUGCACGCAGGGCAAGGACCGCACGGGUCUGAUUGUGCUUCUGCUGCUGCUCCUACUGCCGGAGGUGUCGGCGGAUGCGAUCGCCGCGGACUACGUCAAGUCGGAGCCGGAGCUGGUCGUUGAGUUCGAGGAGCGCAUGAAGGAGAUCCGUGUGCUGGGCUUGAAUGAGGAGUACACGAAAUGUCCGCCGGAGUUUACGCAGCAGAUCCGGGCGCAUCUAGAUGCGAAAUACGGUGGCGUUGGAGGGUAUCUGACGUCUGUUGGGAUUGAUCGUGAGAAGCAGGAGUUGAUCAGGCAGCAGUUGCUCGCGUAG